AGUUUGAUUCUGGGACCCUCCUUCUUAGUACACACCGACUCAUUUGGAGAGAUCAGAAAAAUCAUGAGUGCUGCAUGGCCAUUCCUCUUUCCCAAAUUGUGUUCAUUGAAGAACAGGCAGCUGGAAUUGGGAAGAGUGCCAAAAUAGUGGUUCAUCUUCAUCCAGCUCCUCCUAACAAAGAACCUGGCCCAUUCCAGAGUAGUAAGAACUCCUACAUCAAACUCUCCUUCAAAGAACAUGGCCAGAUUGAAUUUUACAGGCGUUUAUCCGAGGAAAUGACACAGAGAAGAUGGGAGAAUAUGCCAGUUUCCCAGUCUUUACAAACAAAUAAAGGAUCCCAGCCAGGAAGAAUAAGGGCUGUAGGAAUUGUAGGUAUUGAAAGGAAACUAGAAGAAAAGAGAAAAGAAACUGACAAAAACAUUUCUGAGGCUUUUGAAGACCUCAGCAAACUAAUGAUCAAGGCUAAGGAAAUGGUGGAGUUAUCAAAAUCGAUUGCUAACAAAAUUAAAGACAAACAAGGUGACAUCACAGAAGAUGAGACCAUCAGAUUUAAAUCCUACCUGUUGAGCAUGGGAAUAGCUAACCCGGUUACCAGGGAAACCUACGGCUCAGGCACACAGUACCACAUGCAGCUGGCCAAACAGCUGGCAGGAAUAUUGCAGGCACCUUUAGAGGAACGAGGAGGAAUAAUGUCACUCACGGAGGUGUAUUGUUUAGUAAACCGAGCUCGAGGAAUGGAAUUGCUCUCACCAGAAGAUUUAGUGAACGCGUGCAAGAUGCUAGAAGCACUGAAAUUACCUCUCAGGCUCCGAGUUUUUGACAGUGGUGUCAUGGUAAUUGAGCUUCAGUCCCAUAAGGAAGAGGAAAUGGUGGCCUCAGCCCUGGAGACAGUGUCAGAGAAGGGAUCCCUAACGUCAGAAGAAUUUGCUAAGCUUGUGGGAAUGUCUGUCCUUCUGGCUAAAGAAAGGUUGCUGCUCGCAGAGAAGAUGGGCCAUCUUUGUCGAGAUGACUCAGUAGAAGGCUUGCGAUUUUACCCAAACUUAUUUAUGACACAGAGCUAAGGGUUUUGUAUUUGAAAUUUUUUUUCCCGUAGAUUUGAUUCUAUAGAGGUUGUAUGACAUCGAGCUAAGAGAUAAACCCUCAUAAACUGAAAAUUUAUUAGAACUUCAUAGUGUAAUAUAAAAUCAUUUAAAUUUAUCUCUAAAAGUAUGGUCCAGGAAGCUUAUUUAGAAUACAUAUAGGAAAAUACAGAAAAACAAAUGCCAAUCUGAAUUUCAAAUCAUGCUUUCAUUAUGUGGAACCUUCAUAGUUUAACUUGAAAUAUGGUGGAUUUUAACUUCAUCUUCAAAUAGAACCAUUUUGUAAAGAAGGGAAUUAAGUUCUUGGGGGAAGAAAAAGAGAAGUUGCAUGUUUGGGCAGGUUAGAUUAUUAUUUUGUGUGACUAAAAUUCACCGAAUUAUAAAUGAAGUUGUUUUUGCAUUAAUGUGCCCAUUUUGGAGGGUUUUUGUGAAGGAAGUCAUGUAAUUUUAAGAACCUGACAAAACUGGGACAAGGUAUCAAACUGUAGAAUGCCUUAGGAGCUUCCUCCUAAGGGCUUUUAGAAAGAGUCUUAGGCAUGACUUCAACAGAGCAAAUAAAACACCUUUAAAACAGGCGGAGUUUUAUUUGAUAUACGCAUAUAUACUCUGGUUAGUUUCUGUUUUUAAUGAUUUCAUGAUUGGUAUUUAAGGAAUGCAGCUGUAUCAUUUUGUUUCAAAAAUUCUGUGGAUUUUGAAACUGAGUCAGAGACCUGUAUAGACAUGCCUAGAGUUAGGAUCACAAAUUUGGGAGGUAGAUAGCUCAGGAAUUCCCUAGUAUUAUGUGGGUGGAGGGACAGGGAACUUUUAACUUUCAUAGGAACCUUAGUGUUCUUUUACCUCAAAGCCAGGGACAGGAAGUAGAAAAUGGAAAAGUAGUGUCUGCUUUUCUUUCUCUUAAGGAGUUUCAACACUGAACUUUAAAAAAAUCUUUGUAUCAUAUUCCAACUAUGUGUGUGUUUGCCCUACACAUUAUAAAUUGUGUGGAAAAACUCAGUAAAAAGUGUUACUGAGAAAACAAAACUGGCUAAUGUUGCAUGGGAGAGUGCUUAAGUUUCAAAGUAGACCUCCUGACUUUAUAUGUUACUGCUUUACAGCACAUUACCUCAAACUCAGGGACCCCACAGGGCAGGAGACUCUUUCUGAGACUGAAUUGGCAGUGGAAGGGGAGUGAUGGUUUUAACCAAACCUCCGGAAGGGAUAGUAUCUGCAGUGGGAGAACCAUUGGAACCAGGAGGGGGAUGCCCACAUUCGUACUCUGGAGGCCCUAAGAAAUUUCUCCCUGGGGAAGGUGGAAAGCCACUGCCAGAGGCUGUCAUGCCCUCUGGAACUUACCAGGGAUCCUUAGCUGCAGAUCCAGGGGAUUACCAACCCCUGAUCUCUGCCUGUGAAUUGGCUGUCGCUGCUUCGUAUCCUGCAGUGUCAUAGGAAUGCUGUGGCUGAGGCAUCCUUUUUUGACUUUAUUUUCCAAACUUGUCACUAAUACGUCAUUGUGAUGACAGAAUCUCUAAUUCCCCCAUUGCGCAGCCUCAGGUUUAUUUUGGGGCUAAUCCAGUGUCUGGCUUGCCCAGUCUGUUAGGGGUUAAUUGGACCACUGUGUAAACUUGUUUGUGUGUCUUGCCUCUCUCUGAGUUGUGCUCACUCUCUCACACUGCUUUAGCAAACUUGUACGUGCACGCAUGCACAAGAUCUCAUCUAGUUAGGUUUUUUAAAAGUUACAUAGAUAAAUUGUAUCUCAACCAGUUGGAAUGAGUUGCAAGUAAGAUUGUUGUAGCUACUGGAUCUAGCCCCAGUGAUUCGGGUUCAUUACAUCAAACCUGCAAAAUUCAAUAUACUUGUUUACUUUAGCGUGACAACAGAUUAACAAAAAAUGGAGCAGUCUAAAUGGUAUAAAACAAACUAAAGAACAAGAAAAGUGACAUAUGAAUAUACUUUGCAAACGUCAUGUUAAUUUAAAAAACAAGUACAAUUGAUUUUAUUAUUUUAUUUUUAAAGUGGGCAUUCUUUACUGUUUCCAGACCUCUGUAUGUAUUUUUAUUCUUUUUAAUUUUUUUGCCAAAAAGAUAUUAUUUUGGUCCUUAUUGGCCAUGGUUAUGUUUAAAUACAAGCAAUCAGGCCCUAAGUGCAAAAAAGUUCUGUCAUGGUGCUUAUCAUUGAUAUUAGUAUUUUUGCUUCCCUAACUUGCUCUUUCGGGCAUAAAUCUCUUUAUAGCUUUAUGGUUAUGGAAUAUU